AUGUUAAAAAAUAAAAUAAAAGAAUUGAAUAGAAUUCGAAUGAAAUACAAUGAAAAUCGCCAUUAUGAAAAUUUUGAAACGAAUCAAACGAUUUUCCCGAUUAAUUACAACGUACACAUAUUUUAUUAUGCUUGGUAUGAAAAUUUACGGAUCGAUGGAAAAUGGGAACAUUGGAAUCACGAAUAUAUAAAAAAUUGGAGGAAAAAUGAUGAGAGAAUUUAUCCGAGGGGUCGUCACGUACCUCCCGACGAUAUAGGUUCGAAUUAUUAUCCGAAAUUAGGUUGUUAUAGUUCGAAAGAUGUUUACGUUAUUAACGAACACAUGAAACAAAUAAGUAAUGCCGGAAUAGGUGUUUUGGUAGUGUCCUGGUAUCCGCCUGGAAUGUCCGAUGGUUCUUAUAGAUCUCCGGAUGAGAUUUUUUCAUCACUUCUCGAUUCGGCUGAAAAAUAUAAACUUAAAUUAGCACCACAUAUAGAACCUUACGAAAAUAGAAAUCCGUAUAAUUUACUGGAAAAUAUUAAAUAUUUUAAAAAUAAAUACGGAAAUCAUCCUAGUUUAUACAAGAUAAAACGUGGAGAAAAAAAUUUAAUAGUUUAUUACAUAUACGAUUCGUAUAGAAUUCCAGCGAUUAGCUGGAGAGAACUUUUAGGUCCGAACGGUAACAUAAGCAUAAGGGAAACAUCGUACGAUGGAAUUUUUUUAGGACUUUUAGUCGAUUCAAAUCAUAAAUACGAAAUAAAAAAAGCCAAAUUCGACGGUUUUUACACGUAUUUUGCGAGUAAUGGUUUUUCAUAUGGUUCGACUUGGAAAAAUUGGAAAACGCUUUCGCAUUUAGCAUCGAGUCAAAAUUUAAUUUUCGUACCUUCGAUUGGACCUGGUUACGUCGAUACGAGAGUUCGUCCCUGGAACGCGAUGAACACGAGAGAUAGAAGACAUGGAAAAUAUUACGAAGUUGGUUGGAGAGCGGCCAUAAGCGCAGGAGUUGAUUACGUAUCGAUAACUUCAUUUAACGAAUGGCACGAAGGUACUCAAAUCGAACCUGCAAUAAGAAAAAAUACAAUUAAUUAUACUUAUUUAGAUUACGAACCUGAAGGUUCGGAUUUUUAUUUAAAAGUCACAAAAUAUUGGAUUCAUUCUUUUACAAACAAACGACGACCCAUACCCAUUUUAUAA